GAAGAGUCGUUGCUUCAGGUCAGAUGUUCUCGGAAACAGAUUCGCUUCAUCUACAUUUCCUAUCUCAUCCACGGAUCCUCUCUGUCCGCCGUCGCCCUCAACAUUCCGCACGAGGGAUCCUGUGACCAAGCAAGCGGAUGGAGACGUAGCCGCAUACAGCCAUAGAGUCACAAAGCAAAGAGAAGGACGAGCACACAGCAGAAGACCUGAAUGAAGAUGAUCGAACUCCUUUCUGCAUUCGUGCCUACCUCCGCGAGAUUGAAUGUCACCCGGUACGAUCCAACUUCUCUGACCCUCUUCUCCGACAGCCCGAGCCUGAAGCUGAGCCUUUACCCAGCUCCACCUUCCUACUCGCCGACAGAUUCAUUCGACGCCUGAACCAGACCCAUGUUCACUCCGUCGUCCACAUCCGACAUCUCUCGGUCCACUAAAUAUCCAUUUGCUGGGUGAUGGAGGUCCU